AUGACAGAGGGAUUUCAAUUCAAGCUUCAUUUUUCACUUGAUGAAGGAGCCGUCGAAGAAGUCGGUUUGAUAGAACGUCCCAGUCGACAAGUAAACGACAUCCAUGAAAACCCAUCAGCCGGCCUUUGUUCGUCCGGAAGCGAGAGUAUAGUGUCUAACUUGAUUCAACACUUAAGGGGUGAGGGCUACAGCGUUUCGCCCCCAUGUAACCAAUGCAAUAACGUCAUCAUAAAUGAUUCGAACUUCGUUGAGGAGCGGGACACCUUUCACGGCAGUUUUAUCAGCCGGACUCAGCAGAAUUCAGAUCAAGAUGAUGCUAGCAGAAUUGAGGCCGAGAUUGAAGGAACAAAUCCGCCUAAUAGGACGGAGGGUCGAUAUCGCAUCAUCCUUGAUUACUUCUACGACGCAGAUAAGGGUCAGCAACCAGUUGAAGAAAAUUCAAUCAAUAAGCUUAUUCGACUCCUGGACACCUCUCAAGAAGACUAUGGAAAAGCUGGACAUGCGGCCGUCCUGAAAGAGCUUAAACCACUACUAAGGAGUAUUUUCGCCUAUCUGAUGAAUUUGAGGAACCGCAGAGCUCCAAAGCCCGUUCCCCGGAGGGUAAAAGUUAACAAGGACCCACUAGAAAAGGGGGUUUCAAGCGAUCAUGACGCUAACUUGCAGAAACUUAACCUAACUUUCGAGGACCUGGGAUCAGACAGUUCAAAAUCAUCAGAUUCGGAACUGGAUCGCGUAGUUAAUAUGGUGGUGAAAAUGCGUGAAUCAGAGCGGCUUAUGUGCAAACCGGGUCAGGGAUUGCCAUCACUAGGUAAGCUGAAGGGCACUAGUGACGAAGACCCAGGGGAUUCUGACAGUAGCCAUUUCAGUGGCAGAGAGAAGACGAUGUCUACCUAUUCAAGGAGUCUGUCCGUGUACGCGGACGACUAUGCUGUGGGCAGGUCUCCGGUCCAACGCGCAUCGGACGACCAGAGAACAACGCUCGGCGUGAGUGAACCUCACCUCGAAGGAGCGUCAGAGCAUAGGCAUCAUACUCCCCGGGCACCAUCUCCCCUCAACAAAGAGAUGGAGUGUGUUGAUGAAGAUGGAACCGAUGACCAGGAAACUUUGGCCUGUGUGCGUGACCCCCAUGCCAAAGCAAAACAGGGCCUGGACCCUCUGAAAAAUGCCGUCUGUGAGGACGCUUCAUGUGUCUCGGGUCCGCUGAAGACAUGGAGUAGCGAUGGUGGCCGUCAGGAUGCCGGAUCUGCCAUGUCUACUAACACAGCGGAUUCGCAUUCAGUGGAACUUGCCAUUGGUGGGGUCAUGGACUCCAAGACGGACACGCCAGGUGGGCUUGCUAGCUCCCAGCCCCUGCUAAGGACGCCGAUGGAGCACAAAAAGGAGAAUGCUGGAAAAGAACUUACGUUCAAGAACCUUGACAAACCUUCCGGUAGUGUGCCCGUAGCACAGGGUAACAACACUUCCGCUUGUAUGGAGGAAUACCGGGAAUGUCACAAUAGUACUUCUCAGGGAAUGUUGAUCUCAGCUGAGCGAAGGAACUCCAGCAGGAGUGAUGACUUUACGGACUCCCAACACGGUUCUUACUCGGAAAUCGCUCUCAGCCGCCGUCAUACCAGCGCAAGUCAGGAUACUGGUGAGGAUAGUCUGUUAUCUGCUACCCAGACUCAGAACCAUAAC